UCUCCUCUUCUUCCAAUUUUUCCAUCAACUGAAACAAUCUUCACUGCAUCCAUUCCACCUACUCCCGGCUCGCCAGGAGCUCCAUCUAGACCAUCUUGGCCUGCGAGUCCAGGUGGCCCGAUAAGCCCAAUUGUUGCGUAACCGGGUUCCCCUGGAGGUCCUGAAGGUCCCGGGUACCCUGGUUCACCAGGAGAACCAUGAUCACCAGGAGAACCUGGAGGACCCGCUGGGCAACGGAUGCAUCCUGUUGGUGACAUGACUGGAAUAUGAAUUUACAAAAAAUAAAAGAUCUUGGGCAACUCACAAACAUCCAUAUUACUGUGCCCAGCCUCUCCAUCCAUACCAUUCAGACCUCUGGAGCCGGGGAUCCCGUCCAGACCAUCGGCUCCUGGAGCACCUUUGGAGCCUGGCGGGCAUUUCUGAGAAAUCGUUGAAGAGCAUGUGCAUUUGCUAGCCUCUGUGUAGUCUCUAAAAUUAAUUUUUUGAGAAUUUUGUGUGCAAUUAUGGAGUGAGCUCAGCUGGGUGAGCUCAACCCCGUCAAAAAAAAUGUUUAACUAUUUUUUGUUAAACUUUUGUCUUUUUUGGUCCUUCUCUGUCCGUUUUUUAAGGAAAAGUUUUUGACGCGGCAGACGCGGAAUGCCCCAUUUUUCCCGUUUUUUCCUUUUUUUUAUUAUUUUUUCUGGAUUUUAUUUGGAUUUUCCUGGAAUUUUUCUCUUUUUCUCAUCCGCCCAGCCCCGCCCAAGCCUAAGCCUAAGCCUAAGCCUAAUUCUAGGCCCAAACCUAAGUCUAAGCUUCAGUCUAAGCCUAUACCUAAGCCGAAACCCAGGCCGCAGCCUAAGCCUGAGCCUAAUCCUAAGCCUAAGAUUAACCUAAGCCUAAGACUAAGCCUAAGCUAAAGCCUAAGCCGACACCUAAGCCUUAGAUUAAGCCUAAGCCUACGCCUUGGUCUAAGCCUACGCCUCAGCCUGAGCCUAAGCCUAAGCCUAAUCCUAAGCCUAAGAUUAAGCCUAAGCCUAAGCCUAAGCCUAUGCCUAAGUCUAAGCCUAGGCCUCUUAGCCUAUACUUUGACCUAAGCAUAAGCUUAAGCCUAAGCCUAAGCCUAAACCUAAGCCUGAACAAAAGCCUGAGCCUAAGCCUAAGCCUAAGCCUAAGCCUGAACCUAAGCCUAAGCCUAUACCUAAGCCUAAGCCUAAACUUAAGCCCAAGCCUAAGCCUAAUCCUUCGAAAAUUAAAGAAAAAACUUCAAAAAAACGUAAUUUUUCCUCACCUCUUUCCUCUCUUCUCCUCCAAGACUACACUUCCAACUUCUCUGGAAAUAUUCUUCAUUCUAAUUUUAUAUUCAUCACUGGCAAUUUUCAAGUUAGACUCUAAACUUGAAAUUUCUUUAAAUAUGGAAUAAAAGUUAUAUAUCACAUAAAAGAAAGGAAUUGCGUGAGAGAUGAGUAGAAUUACUAGUUUCAUUAUUUGAUUUUAAAGUUGAAAUUAGCCAUAUUUAUAGACAAACUUAAAUGGACACAAAAAAAACGAGUAAAUGGAUUCAUUCUCAUGACGGAAUCCCGAGAAAGGAGAUAAUGAUGAUGGUGAUGAUGAUAAGAAAGAGAAAGUUGCCCCCUUCUUCUUCUUGUUAUCCGUUACUUUUCCGUGUUUUUGGGUCACUCCCAUACAUAAUCGCUCUCGUUUUUCCGCGCCAGCGCAUCAUUUCUUUACUCACUUUUCGUUGGAUCCUCCAUAGGCUUCUCUUGGAGGCUUCUCCUGGAAAAUGAACGAGAAUGCUCGAGAAACGGCAUACGCCACGUUAAUCAUAGUUUCACUAUUUAUCUCGCUAUCCACGAUGUCGUCGUUUAUUGUUUCUGUAGGACCCCUUGCCUCAAUACUUCGACCGGCUAUUCAGAAUACUGUCAACGAUGCCGAGUACUGUCAGGAAAGCGCCCUCGAGAUGAAAAGCAUGCUAUCCGAUGUCGCCAACGAUUUCCAAAACAUAACCCGCCAGAAAAGAGAUGAAAUCGACGAUUUCCUACACGAAACCGGCCAAACCGCAAGAUCCCGAGUAUGUGAGUGCCGUCAUCCACAAGGACCCCCGGGGAUCCCUGGAAGAGACGGUCUUCCUGGAACGAAAGGAUCGGAAGGUGCGCCUGGACUUCCAGCGCGCCUACCAUGUGAGCCUCCUGUGAAUUAUAAGUCUUUGUGUGCGGAUCCGUGUCCGAGAGGAGUACAAGGAACCACUGGGAUUACGGGAGUGAAAGGAGACACUGGUAAGCCAGGACUACCCGGAAAGAAUGGACUUCGCGCGGAAAAUGGAAAAAUGGGACCAAAAGGCCUACAAGGCCCUCAGGGAAUCCCAGGACUGGAUGGAGAAAUGGGCGACCCGGGUGCGGACGCCACCCCGAAACCGUUCAUCCCGGGACCAGCAGGUCCGAUCGGAGAGGAAGGAGAAUUCGGGCCGCCAGGACCGUCUGGUAUGCCUGGUAUCGACGGCCCGAUUGGUGCACAAGGCCCACGAGGAAAAAAAGGAAAGCCCGGGUUCCCAGGGAAUGAUGGAGCCGCUGGAGCCGAAGGACUCAUUGGAGAGCACGGGGAGGAAGGCAAUAGAGGGGUGUGUCCAACAUAUUGCGCCACUGACGGUGGAGUCUUCUUUGUGCAGCCUCCAGAUUGGAUGCUACAGUAACCUACCUCUUUGUUUUUUUUUUUUAAUGAAAUUCAAAUUCUCCUCCAUGUCGCUUCCGUUAGUCUCAAUACCCACCCAGGAAUACGUGUAUAUAUAUACUUUUUAAUAAUAAAUUGCUUUUACAGA